GUUUUGUAUUUGUAAUCUGUGUCUAUCAAUUAAUAAAGUUUAAAAGUCAACAUACUAUCUUAUUUUUACUGACAUAAUCAAUUACUUCAACAAAGAAAAAAGUAUUAAAAAUUAAACAUUGUUCUAGUAGUAAUAAUAGAAUUUAAUUACAAAUCUUAUUAGUACGUAAUAGUCUAUUAACCCAGUCGCCAUGAAUCCCAUGUCAAUGGACAGAGAAGAACUCUCAUCUCUUUCAUCGUUUUCUACAAAUCACCCUCUAGAACAGUUUGUUUUACUUGCUAAAGGUGCUAAAGGACAAGCGUGCGCAGAACUUAUAAAACAAGUUCUAGAAGCACCAGGCGUUCAUGUAUUCGGCGAGUUACUUGAAAUGCCUAACAUUAAAGAGUUAGAGACCGGACCCUACGCUACACAUUUUAAAACGCUCAAUUUAUUUGCAUAUGGCACCUAUAAAGAAUAUUUAGAAAAUAAAUCUGAAUACUUAGAUCUCACACCUGCACAGUGUAAGAAAUUACAACACUUGACAAUAGCUACUCUAGCGACACAGGAGAAGUGCAUACCUUACAGUGUUCUAUUAAAAGAAUUGGAUAUUAAAAAUGUUAGAGAUUUAGAAGAUUUGAUCAUUGAAGCCAUUUAUGCAGAUAUAAUUCAUGGUAAACUCGACCAGGAAUGUAAGCGUGUAGAAGUCGAUGUAGCACUCGGUCGCGAUGCUAGAUUAGAAGAUGCAUCAACCAUCGCAGACGUCCUAGCUGAUUGGUGCAAUGCCUGCGAAGCAGUACUUAACUCAGUCGACAGACACAUACAGAGAGCCAACCAUCACAAACAACGUGCGAUUAGACAUCAUCAGAGCAUAGAACAGGAGAUUAUUUAUAUAAAGAAAACAUUAAAAACUCAGGCUGAGAAUGAAGAAUCUGCCUCAGCCGGUGGAAGCGAAACUCAUUCUGUGCCAAAAAAGAACUCCACCAAGGGCAAAAUUCCACGCAAUGCCGCCAAAUUUUGGCAGAAGAACACAUAACUCUUUUAAAUAUGAUUAAAUUUAUAAGUAUAUGUUUUGGUGAUAUAAUAAAAUGUUUAGGUCCUCCUUA